AUGGCAGCAGUCGACGACGUAUUGUCCGUAUUCCUCGCCAAGGAUGGUGUGGUGAAUACCCCGUUCGAAGUGAAAACGCCACUUGCCGAGAUGAGCUUAUCGGAUACCAAGUCCUUGGCGCUCAAGCUUGUCGACAGCUUGGUUCACUUGAAAGACGACUCGGGGGAGUUCCGUGUGCCAAUACCAACUGGAGGUUUCAAGGUUGAUUCCAAGUCAUGGAAUAAUUGGGAGUGGACACAAGGAGUUGGUUUGUACGGAAUGUGGAUGCUCUUCGAGACUACCGGAGAUGAGACAGUCCUUAACCACAUUCAACAAUGGUUCGACAAACAAUUCGCAAAGGGCACGCCCACUAAAAAUGUAAACAGUAUGGCGCCUAUGCUCACGUUGGCCUAUCUUUAUGAGCGAACGGGAAGAAUCGAGUACCGAGCAUACCUUGAAUCUUGGGCUGAAUUCAUCAUGGAUGGGAUUCCUCGAACAGAGGGUAAGUGGCAAUCGCACGAUGAAAGAGAUAUUUCGUUUCUAAAAUCCAGCGCAGAGGGUGGUAUUCAGCACAUAACCUUCCGACAAGUCAACGAAGGCCAACUUUGGGACGACACUCUCAUGAUGAGCGUUCUCCCACUUGCCAAAAUCGGUGUUUUGCUCAACCGCCCAUCCUAUAUCGAGGAGGCCAAGCGGCAGUUCUUGCUGCAUAUCAAGUAUUUAACAGACACACGAACUGGCCUGUGGUAUCAUGGCUGGACAUUCCUGGAAAGGCAUAACUUCGCCGAAGCACUUUGGGGAAGAGGAAACUCAUGGGUCACAAUCGCGAUCCCCGAAUUUCUCUCUCUUCUUCAACUACCCCCCGGCGACCAUAUCAGGGAGUUUCUUGUGUCUGCCCUGGAUCAGCAAGUGGUUGCUUUGAAGAAAUAUCAAAAUUCGAAUGGGCUCUGGCAUACACUCAUUGAUGAUUCAAGCUCCUACCUGGAAGUAUCCGCUUCAGCGGGAUUUGCUUUUGGCAUUCUGAAGGCGGCUCGGAUGAGGUAUAUCUCGAAGGAGUAUCAAAGUAUUGGUCUGAAGGCUCUUGAAGCGGUUAUAAAUAAUGUCAAUGAGAAAGGUAUUGUUCAGAAUGUAAGUUUUGGAACACCAAUGGGGCCAAGCAAGGAAUUCUACAAGGCGAUCAAGCUCACGGCCAUGCCUUAUGGCCAGGCUAUGACACUACUGUGUAUUGUGGAGAGAAUGAGAGCAUUUUUGUAA